AUGCCUGGGUUAUCAAUUUGCAUACGUGCUCCCGCAGGAGCUCGCCGUCAGCCUUCGAGCACACCCGAAGCUGCGACCGUGGCUCCUGUUGGUGGCGCGGAACGGCACACGACGGCGUGGGCGAAGCAGACCAAAGCCAAAUCCACCAUUAGUGGUGGACGGUAUGGCGAAAAUCUCUACUGCCGCCCCUUGGAUCUCCCCGCCUCUGCGUGGCCGCCCUUAGGAAAGCCACCUGCUCAACCGCAACAGCCACUGGCCUUUACAGGGUCCGGCAUGCGUGCCGUCUUCCUCCACAUCGCAGGAGUCCGAAAGGAGUCCGUCGGCACCGGAGUCUUUCUUCCGCGUACCGCCGGAAACAAAUUCGAACCGAAGAAAAAGUCAGGCUGUUCCACCGUUUUGGUGCCCGACAGAGUGGUACAGGCGUUAAAUCUGAACCUCGAUGAAUUCGCAGCUCAACCACGAUUCCCCGAUGGCUUUGUUCUCAGCCAUGGUGAUUCUUCCGUUGCGUUCCUUUUGUCAAUCCGAUCUGUUUUCUUGGUUUUUUUGGUCACGGGAGAGAAGAGAUAA